GGGCAUUUCCAUCAAUGAGCUUUGUUCCAGUGUCAGUGCAAUCUUCUAGGAUUAAACUGAGCAGAGUGAAAUAAUGAGAAACCGAGGUUAAGAGACAAUCUUAGGUGUUUCUCAUGCCUCUUCUUGCUUCCCUAUAGAGUUUUAUGGCUUAUCACCCACUGCAACUAACGUAACUGCCCAGAAAGGAGAGCAGUCUCAGCUCCAGCCCUACAAAGAGGUAAAGCUCUCCACUGAGAGGAGUGUUCUUAGAGGAGGAGCUUGACAAGGAGGAGCCAAGGAAAGCUUUUGGCUAGCUGCAAGACAACACUAUUUGCCGUCCUGCGCUGACGGCUGGUGCUGAUAGCAAGGCCGUGUCACUUCCUUGAGCUCAAGGCUGGAAGAACGGGAAGCGUCGUGCCACCCAGGAGGGAUCACACUGACCACCAUCUCCCCAAGGAUAUAGAGCAGGAAACAAUGCCAGCCACCUCCCUGGAAGGGAUUAAUCCCACCUACAUCUACAAAGUGGUUCUGCUGGGGAGCACGUCGGUGGGGAAGUCAAGCCUAGCCUAUCGCUACGUGAAAAAUGACUUCAAGGAGUCGCUGCCAACAGUGGGAUGCUCCUUCUUCACACAGACACUCAACCUGGAGGCGGCCACUAUCAAGUUGGAGAUCUGGGACACAGCAGGCCAGGAGAAGUACCACAGCGUCUGCCACCUCUACUACCGGGGUGCACACGCUGCUCUCCUCGUUUACGACAUCGCUAAUAAGGAGACUCUAAACCGAGCAAAGCUGUGGCUGAGGGACCUGGAGAAGGAAUUCCUUCCAGAUGAAAUUGUCAUCGCUUUGGUGGGUAACAAGACAGACCUUGCUGAUGAGCGAGAAGUUGCCACAGAGGAAGGGGAAGAGUUUGCAAGGACCAAAGGCCUCCUGUUCAUGGAGACGUCUGCAAAAUCCAACCACCAAGUCAACAAUAUCUUCAUGGCCAUAGCUGCUCCAACCUGCACAGUGCCUGGCGGUUUCAAGGGUCACAACCACAGCAGUCUAUGUUUUCGUUGCAACAUCUCUCAAGGAAGAGGGACAAACAGAUCCAACCUGGGAUGCUCCAACAUCAGAGAGGGAUUUCAGGCCCUCCCCAAAGCCAGUUUUCUUUUGCUUUAGUCUGUGAUCUGGCUGUAACUGUGUCCCCAGCAUAGCUGUUCAGCAGACUUCUAACGCUGCUACCAUGGGACAGUACCAGAAGCUGUCAGUGACUCCGCUGGGGUGGGAUUGGAUGGUAGAGCUGUCACAUCCCAUCCCAUCAACAGAACUGAGCCCUUCCUCACUUCAUUUCUCUUCCUAGCUCAAGAGCUCCUGCAGCGGGAACAACAGAAGACAGCCACACCAUCGCCGCACGCGUGGUCAACGGUAGACCUGGGGGAGAACAGGGCAAGGACGAGGUGCUGCAAGCUCUGAUGUGGGCGCCUCUGGACCUCAGUAGUGGCUGGAUGAGGUCUCCGAGACAGCAAUGACGAAGUAGGGGGGAUGCAGAAGUGCAAAGGCAGCUCAGCCCAACCACCCUCCUCCUCUGAGCAAGGUCAGAGCCCAUCCUGGGAGCACAGGGACUCUUCAACCCUCCAGCACUGCCUUCAUCCAAGAGAUAAAGCCAAGGAAUUUCUUCCAUCAACAUUUUCUUUAUAGAAAGGAGAACAACUCGCCAGCACUGCCGCCACCAGCCCUGACUGGUGGCAUUCCCCUGCUCCAGCUGCACGCUGCCUCCUCCAUGGCCCUUCCCAUCCAAAAGGGAGGGUUAAAAUUCCUGAAGCGAAGCAGGUGAAUUCGGUGGGUUUACACCUCAGGUGCAAAUAAAAAGAAUGUUGCCCCAAAGGUGUUAUUCUUUUUAUCCCCAACCUGGAUGUCAGCUGCAGGAAGCCUGGAGGCAGCAGGGACCGGUAACGACGACCCCCUCUUACCCCACUGGCCCCUGUCCAGUCCAUUCCAGAGGUGAGAGCCCAUCCUCUGGAGGAAUGACUAAUUCCUUGCUGAUACCAGAGCAAGAUCUGGGGACAGAGCAGGGCCAAAGCAAACACCAGGCAUUGUGGUGCCCUGUACCUUGCAGGGCCUCCUAUUUCUGCUGUAUUGUUUUGUGGAAUCAAACUCUAUAACCCAAAAUGAGUUAUAACUUCAUUAUCAACUUCCAAGAUCUUCAAGGCAAACAACACCAAGCUCUAACGAACGCUCCCAGCCCCCUCUUGUCUGUUUUCGCACAUCAAUAUGGGGUACAUGGUGGGAACACGCCUUGGCUGGAAGAGGAGAAAGUGGGAGCUACGCCAAGAGAAGCUGUAGAGUUGCCACAGCCUUCACCAGCUGCACGGCCUCAGCAGAAGCAAGUAAGGAAGAGCUACUUAUGCUCCUAUGGGGCAAGAUGCCCUCACCUUCUCCACCCCUAAAGCACUCAGGCUCUGUCAGGAAGCUCACCAGUCCCCAGCAAACCCAGGGGAGAUACUGCCCUUUCCAGAAGAGCUGCAGCAACAUCAGCAUGGCCAUGGGCAAAGGGCAACGCAGCUGCUGAGUUUGGGGCAAGCCCUGACAGCAAUGCCAUCCAAAGGCUUGGCUGAGCUCUGCCAGGAGACAACAGACAUCCUUGGAGGUGCUUCCCAUGGAGAAGAGGGGAGCAGAGGACCCUGUACCAAGGUUUGCCAGGCCAGCCCCCACCCAACAGAACCUACUUGUGAUGCUUCUCCAGG